AUGCCUUCUGAUCUCGAUACCCUGCUCGAUAUGGGCUUUGACAAGGAGCGUGCUGAGAUUGCCGUCAAGAAGACCGGAGGCCUCCAAGGCGCUCUUCAGUGGCUUGAGGAUAACCAGGACAAGCCUAUUGAUGAGAUCAAGGCUGCUGCCGCUGCGAAGGAAGAGGAUGACGACGAAGAGGACACGGAAGCCAAGAUUGCAGAGCUUGAGACUGGUACUGCCAAGUCAUUGAUCUGCAAUGAUUGUGGAAAGAGAUUCAAGAACCAUGAUCUGGCUACCUAUCACGCGACCAAGACUGAGCAUACUGACUUCUCGGAGUCAACAGAGGAGAUUGCACCCCUAACUGAGGACGAGAAGAAGGCCAAGCUUGAACAACUUCGCGAGCGCCUCGCCGCCAAGAGAGCUCUUCAAUCUGUCAAGGACAAGGAAGACCACAAGCGCAACGAGCAAAUUCGCCAAAAGUCUACCAAGGAGAGCCAGGAAGCAAAGGAAGAGCUGGCCCGCAAGCAAGCAGUCAAGGAAGCAGCUCAGAAACGACAAGAGAAGCUGGAGGACCUGGAAGCCAAGAGGCGCAUCAAAGCAAAGAUCGAGGCCGACAAAGCUGAGCGACGUCGAAAGGCAGAGGAGGCCAAGGCAGCCCGUGAGGGUCGAGCCCCUCAAGUCGAAGCUGCUACUCCUGGUGGCGCUGCUGCUGUCGCGGCCGCAUCCAAGCCAAAGACCAACCACAAUGAGGCCCGACUUCGACUACAGACCGACGGCGGAAACAUCACCAAGACCUUGCCCGCUGAGACCACGUUGUUCGAGCUGGCGCAACAGCUACAGAGUGAGACGGGGAAUGCUGUGUCCAGCUUUACGACUACGUUCCCUCGCAAGACCUUUGAGGGUGACCUCGAUUUCUCCAAGACUCUGAAGGAAGCGGGAUUAGUUCCGUCGUCCGUCCUGAUCGUCAAAUAA